AUGUCUUCACAGGAAGAUAGCGACCCGUGUCGAUUUGGUGAGGUCUGCUGGUUGGAAAUACCCGUCAAAGACCCUAGUCGUGCCUUGCCAUUUUACCGGGAAGUCUUCGGCUGGGACUGUAAGGAUGAAGGCCUCGACUCCAAGGACCCUGGCGUGAUGAAGAUCUUCUUCUUUAGUAGCAAGGGAGGAAAUACACAAGGUUGCUUCAUGCAUGUCGAGCCCAACAACUUUCUCGCCACUUCACUUGCCCCAAUGAACGAGAAUAAGGAGCGGUGGGCAGUGACCACAACCUUCGCUGUUGCUAGUGUCGACGAAACGUUGAGGAAAGUGGAGCAGAGUGGAGGAAGAGUUUAUUUGCCAAAAAGAGCAAUCGGCGGUGAUAUGGGCUUUUAUGGUCGUUUUGUCGAUACCGAAGGUAGUGUCCAUGGAGUUCAUUCCAUGAAAGAAUAG